AUGUUUAAGCCAAUACCAAACACAGGAUACAAUAGUGGAGAAUAUGGGAAUCAAAGAUACGAUACAAAUAUGGGAGAGAAUAGCAGUGCAAGAAGACCCAAUGCAUCAUAUGCAGAGCUUAUAACAAUGGCCAUAGAAAGUUCACCUGAGCAGAUGCUUACCCUUAAGGAAAUAUACAACUGGAUCUCUUCACACUUCUCAUUCUUCAAUGCCAAAAAGAUGGGAUGGCAGAAUUCUAUAAGACACAAUCUAUCUCUCAACAGAUGUUUUUAUAAGGUUCCUAGGGCAGAGGGAGUCAGGGGCAAGGGUUCAUAUUGGAAAAUUAAUUAUGAGUUCCAGAACGUAAGAAUGGGAUAUAGAAUAAAAAAGUAUAAUUUUAUUCCAAAUCAAAGACAUCAAGAUCAAACUAAUUAUGAAUUUUCACAUCUCUUGAACGAUAACAGAAUUGUAGGUGAUAACAUAGGUGUAAGCGAGAUACCAUAUAAGCGUGCUGUAUUUGAUGGAAACCUUAAUAACAAGAACACUUAUUGUUACACUCAACAACAGCAUAUCAAUGAUGAACAAAACAUCGAUGAAGACGACAAGAGUAAACUUGAUAGAAUCUUUUCAUUUAAAUAA